AUGGGACACAAUCGACACAGACAGAGCACUGCUACUGUUCGAAGUAAGGACGCCUCUCAACAAGAGGGAAAAGUAGCUACACCGCGACGAAAGGCAUGGAGUCGUCCGAGCACUCGCCCUGUGCGAAAAGAUAGUGGUGCGAAGGAUCAAGGGAGAGAGUCGGCGAAGAAAGCACACACCAGCCACACGCAUGAACGAAGAGGAGAGGAUCGACCGUCCGUGGAUGAAAGACCAUCCGUAGCGGUACCGAAACAAGCUCCUCAGCAAGCACCUACUAAGCCGGAACAAGAUACCCAUCGAACGUCAACGCCGACAGUAACGAAAUCGAAACGAGCUUCGCCUUCUCAGGCUCCUAAACACAGGGAAUCAUAUGCAUCUACUACUUCGAGCCACCGUGAAUCAACUAUCCCAUAUUCAAGUCCCCUUGCUGGCAGAGAAGACUCUGUAUCGUCGUCAACUAUCUCUUCGUCGGGCAGUGAAUCGCCCAAGAACUGGUAUAGUAACAAUAGUAAUACGACUUCGCCGAUUCGCUACAAAAUAUCUCCAACCCCAAUAACGUACAAAAUGUCCCCAGUAACGUACCCGUCGUUCACCUACACCACAGAGCCUGUUAAUAUGUAUCCACGAAUACAAGAAAGAGUUCGGAAGACGAACAAGAAUCCGACAGUGAAAUGCCAGAGCAAUUGA